AUGAGUGUCAUGGAGAAGGGAGAGAGCAUCACCAGCGAGCUGCCCCCGAAGCGCAAGACCCGCGACAGCUGCGACGCCUGCGCCAAAUCCAAGGUGCGCUGUGGUAAGCAGCAUCCGCGAUGUGACAGAUGUGUGGCACGCAACAAGCCUUGUAACUACGGCUUCAUCCGACCACGAGGACGACGACGUCUCUCGCAAUUUUCAACGGGGGGCAUAUUCACUCCGGUCAACGACAUACAAAAUGGCUCACCCCACCGGGCCGACAACAACAGCGACAACCACCUGUUCCAACACAUCGACCUCUUCAACACAUUAGGCUAUCAAGAACUCGAAGCCAUUGCAGAGAAGCUGAACGACUUCUCUGCGACCGACCCGCUGCUCCCGAACCCGCCCACUAGCGUGGGACAGAACGACUUCCAACUCAUCGAGGACUGGCAGACUAUGGACCAGGAGCUGGAGCGGCUGCUGGACAUCACCACGCCGCAGCCCACCCCAACCCUCGGAGUCCCUUAUCAAUCCAGCUCGCAAUCCAGCAUUCAAAUUGGCGUCUCUUUCCUCUCCACCUCCUCCCCCUCAUCCGUCUCCUCCCCAUCACCCAGCGUCUCCUCCCUCCACGGCCAAUCCUGCAUCACACUCACCUUCAAGACCUUGCAAACUCUCCACGCGCCCUCAGAGAAAUGCGUUCUAAACUCCAGCUCUCUGUCACCCCGCAGCCUGGACGCCGUCCUGUAUCUCAAUCAGAAGGCCAUGAGCAAUCUUUCUCUGGUCAUUGGCUGCCCCUGCUCGCUAGACUUCAGCUUCGCGCCGCUCAUCGCGCAGGUCAUUUCCAACAUCCUGGUCUGGUAUCAAGCCAUUCUGGAUGGCUGCGAGGCCAUGACCGAGACGGCGAACAUGCAGCCAACCACAAACGCAACCCUCGUGCGCGUCCUCCCCAUCAAGAUCGGGCAAUACGAGCUCAGCGAGGGCGACCACCGCCGCAUCGUCACGCAGAUGGUCCUGAACGACCUGAACAAGCUGCGGGUCUUGGUCGACAGCUUCACGCAGUCGUACUGUCGACGCGAAGCCUCGCCCGGCGACGCGGACCAGUCCAUGUGCUCGAUUCUGGAGUCAGUGCUGCGGCGCAAGCUGGAUGACACCCUCGGUUCUGCGGUUCUAAAAAUGACGGAUUAG